GGCUAACCGUCAAAGAGUGCCCACUGUUGCCCUUGAUACUCUCCAUAAGACGUUCUAGGAUGUUACCAGGAAAGACACCCAACAAAUAGUAAGAGAAAGACCAUUUCAUUCUGACAUUGCUCCUUUCUUUGAUUUUGGUCAGGUUUCCCAACACCUUGCCUCUUGUUUCAUUAUGAAAGAUGUACAAACUUCAAACCAAAAGGGUAAAAGCUGCUGCUGGGCAGAUGUGGAAUUCAAAUUUCUCCAAGAUGAGACAAUCUCUUAAAAAUGUUUACCAUAAAUAUAAGAACCAGCACCCAAAUUCAACUAGAUAUCCAACUAUGACUUUCUAUGAUUGUGAUCAAGAUGACGUUAUUGCUGAUGAAGAAAUGAAUCUUGCAGUAAUGCUCCAAGAUAUCAAAACUUCCCAGAUUGAACUCCUCGGCCAAAUGACUGACAUCGUCAGUGCUGUAUCGAAAAUCCAGGAAAGGACUGACUUUUAUCAGAUGCAGAUGGAGGUACUGGAAACCAGAGUGAAUGUUAAUGAAGACAAACAGUGCAAAAUAACUAAAGAUAUCUUCUCUAUGAAGGAAGACAUUGAUGCUUUAAAGAAGAAGGUGAUAGAACUGGAAAACCAGAAUUCUUGCUCUCAUAUACAUUGUUUAGAGGUUCUGGAAGGAGAAAAGGGUAAAGAGAUCAUAGAUCUUCUUCACAAACUCAUACAACCAGGAACUCUGAAGCAAACGGUAGCCUCCACAGACUCUGAAAGCUCUUCGGCAGAAUCAGAGAAAGUGUCCAGUUGUCCCAAGCUCACUGAUCAUCUUGAGGAAAAACCAAUUUCUCCCCAAAUUAAAGCUCUGAAGAAAAAUAAUCAUCACAACACAUUAAGAAGCUUUCGAAAAGCAAAGUCAAAUAUUUAUAUUUACCCAGACUUUAAUACAUGGAUCAAGCUAACUUUUGUCCAUGGAGGAAAGUGGAGAUUUUUCCUCAGUGCAACCAAGUUAGAAGAAUUCAUCCAGUGGCUUCUUUCGAGGCCAACCAUCCCUCCUGAGGAACCACAAGUCAUAACCCAGAGAUACUGUCCAUUCCCUGGGCCUAUUGUGAGCUUGACCACAAUCUGUCUCUCUGUUUUCAAGUACAUUUACAGUCUUUUUGUUUCCUCAAAAGAGGAAGUAACUCGACUGUAGAGUAAUUUUCUGCUUUGCUUGGUACAAAAUAAAUGUAACUUGGCCAUUCCAAGCA